UAGCCAACCCAUACCCCCAGACCAUAGCACACAUAAGUCUUUCCUCAUUUUUUUUGUGCACCAUUUCCUAGUGUGCUCGUGUGCCUAAAAAUUGUUUUUGAUUAUUCUGUCUCUUAUUCCUUUUUUCUUGUUUCACUGUAUCUUUCUAGUUGCUACUAUGGCAUCUGGGGCUGGGAAUAAUGGAACUACUGCCACUGGUACUGGCUCUCCUUGUGGGGCAUGCAAGUUUCUCAGAAGAAAGUGUGCCACAGAUUGUAUCUUUGCUCCUUAUUUUUGCUCUGAACAAGGUCCUGCUAGAUUUGCAGCCAUUCACAAGGUGUUUGGUGCUAGUAAUGUGUCCAAACUUUUGUUGCAUGUCCCAGUUCAUGAUCGCUGUGAGGCUGUUGUCACUAUUGCCUAUGAAGCUCAAGCAAGGAUUAGAGACCCCGUUUAUGGCUGUGUGGCUCACAUUUUUGCCUUGCAACAACAGGUGGCAUGCUUGCAAGCACAAUUGCUUCAAGUGAAGGCUCAAAUGGCUCAAAGCCUAAUUGAUUCGAGGAACAUAGAGAAUCAGUGGCCGGGGAAUAACGUUGCUGGGGUGCCAAUGGUUCCAACUUAUCCAACUUACAUGAAUCCCAUUUCCCCUCAGAGCUCACUUGAGUCAAUUGACCAUAGCAAUGAUGGAAUGUACAUGCAAGAAAUACAAAGCUGUAGAGAGGAUUGCUCAGUCCAACCUUGUUCUAAGAAAAGACCUUAUGGCAAUGACUUGGGUGAGCUUCAAGCACUAGCCCUUAGAAUGAUGAGGAACUAAUUCAUCAUGUCUCUUUGUAGAAUAUGAUGUUGACGUUGAUGUUGAUGUUAAUGAUGAUGAGGAUGAGGAUGAGGGUGAGGAUGAUCUAUGCUCAAAUGUUGUAUAUAAUGAGAAUUUCUAAGUUUUUGGGUA